GCUCUCACUCUCGUUUCCCAGGGAAAAGGAAGAGAUGGCAUCGUCACGGUCUCUUCUCCUCGCCCUAGCAGUCACAGCUCUCCUUUUCUUCCAUGGCGUGUCCGCGAAAGGCGGCGCCGACCCCGACCUCGAGGAAGACCUGAGCUUCCUCGAGGAAGACGAAGAUGACGUCGGUGGUCACGGCUUCCCCGAAUCCGAUGAGGCCUUCCCGGAAUAUACCGGAGACGAGGCCGACGAUGAUGAGGGGCUGGACCACGCGGGCUUCGCCGACUCGGACCAUGAUGGCCUGCCGGCGGUCGACGAGACGGACGUAGUGGUGCUUACGGAUGCCAAUUUCAGCGACUUCGUGGGGAAGCGCCGGCACGUGAUGGUGGAGUUCUACGCGCCGUGGUGCGGCCACUGCCAGGCCCUGGCGCCGGAGUAUGCGGCCGCAGCGACGGCGCUCCGUGGGGAGGACGUGGCGCUUGCCAAGGUGGACGCCACUGAGGAGAACGAGCUGGCCCAGAAGUACGAGGUUCAGGGCUUCCCCACCGUACUCUUCUUCGUCGAUGGCGUCCACAAGGACUAUCCCGGCCAGCGGACCAAAGAUGCUAUUGUAACCUGGAUCAAGAAGAAGAUUGGGCCUGGAAUCCAGAACAUAACAACGGUUGAAGAGGCAGAGAAUAUUCUGACUGCUGAGAAUAAAGUUGUUUUGGGCUUUCUCAACUCACUGACGGGUGCGGAUAGUCAGGAGCUUGCUGCUGCUUCCAAACUUGAAGAUGAUGUGAACUUUUACCAAACUGUUAGCCCUGCAGUUGCAAAGCUUUUUCAUAUCAAUCCCGAAGCUAAACGUCCUUCUUUGGUGUUGCUGAAGAAGGAGGCAGAAAAGCUGUCCUACUUUGAUGGUCAGUUUACUAAGACAGCUAUUGUUGAUUUUAUUUUUGCGAACAAGCUUCCUCUGGUUAACACAUUUACCAGAGAAACUGCUCCACUUAUUUUUGAUAAUCCAAUUAAAAAACAGAUUUUGCUUUUUGCUGUGUCAAAUGACACUGAGAAAGUCAUGCCAGCCUUCCAAGAGGCAGCAAAACUGUUCAAGGGAAAGCUCAUCUUUGUAUAUGUGGAGAGGGAUAAUGAGGAUGUUGGUAAACCAGUUUCGGAUUACUUUGGAGUGACUGAACAUGGUCCAAAAGUUUUGGCAUAUACAGGAAAUGAAGAUGCUAAGAAAUACAUACUUGAUGGUGAAGUGACACUUGACAGUGUUGAGAAAUUUGCCGAGGGUUUCUUGGAAGAUAAGCUGAAGCCCUUCUAUAAAUCAGACCCGAUACCGGAAACUAACGAUGGGGAUGUGAAAAUUGUUGUUGGAAACAAUUUUGAUGAGAUAGUCUUGGAUGAAUCCAAGGAUGUUCUUCUUGAGAUCUAUGCACCAUGGUGUGGGCAUUGCCAAGCACUGGAGCCAACUUACAACAAGCUUGCCAAACAUCUACGUGGGAUUGAGUCUCUAGUCAUAGCGAAAAUGGAUGGAACCUCGAAUGAACACCCUCGGGCCAAGGUUGAUGGUUUUCCUACACUGCUCUUCUUUCCGGCGGGGAACAAGAGUUUUGAUCCGGUCACUGUUGAUACAGACCGAACAGUGGUGGCAUUCUACAAAUUCAUCAAAAAGCACGCUGCGAUCCCUUUCAAGCUCCAGAGACCAGCCUCAGCAGCAAAAACUGACAGUGCUACUGAUGGAUCUGCUCCUGUGGGGGAGAAGAGCGCCAGCACAGGUGUGAAAGACGAAUUGUAGAACCAUGCAUAUGUUUAAACCUUUUGUUCUAAUCCAGCAAAUUGGUAGAGCUUAUAAUCCAUUUCAGGAUAGGCAUCUCAGAAGCAACGUAGUGCCUGGCCUUUUGUUGGCAUAGGUUUUUCGUUAGAUGUCCCGAGCAUAAGAUACCCGUGUAAGAUUAGAGUGCAUCUCAUAAGAAUAAAAGUCCUACCUUGAACCAAUGGCUGACCCGGUGCAACUUGUUCCAUUUCAUGUUGUUUGUUAAACUAGCUAAAACUUGUUUUAAUCAGUCCAGUGUUUGCCAUCCACUCUGUGUGGCUAGAA